CGUGGGUAUUUCCUCAUAAUUUCCAUUAACUUUCUAGCUUAGCAUAUACUUAUAUACUCACAUUUCAUCUGUUUACUUCACCACUCAUUCAUUCAAUCUAAACAAGUUUCUCAUCUUUUCAACUUUUUCUUUUCUCAAAAAAUGGCAGAGGCCUUACUAGGAGUAGCAUUUAAGAAUUUGAUGGCUCUGCUUCAAAAUGAAUUUUCUAUCACUUCCCAAAUCAAGUCAAAGGCUGAAAAGCUAUCAGCCACCUUGGAUCUGAUCAAGGCUGUACUUGAAGAUGCUGAGCGGAAACAAGUCACAGACAGGUCUAUCAAAGUAUGGCUGCAACAACUCAAAGAUGCUAUAUACAUGCUCGAUGAUAUUCUUGACGAGUAUUCUAUUAAAUCCAAUCAACUUAGGGGAGUCUCAUCUUUCAAGCCAAAAAACAUCAUGUUUCGCCAUGUCUUUGGCAACAGGUUGAAAAAUAUUACAGAGAGAUUUGAUAAAAUUGCUGAAACAAAAAACAAGUUUCUUCUAAGAGAGGGUCUUACUAUUAGGGAAAGCUCAAUUGAAGUACCUGAAUGGCGCCAAACCAGCUCUUUUAUUUCUGAACCUAAAGUUUUUGGACGAGAAGGUGAUAAAGAGAAGAUUGUUGAGUUUCUUCUCACCCAAGCGAGGGACUCUGGCUCUCUUUCCAUCUAUCCAAUUGUUGGCUUAGGCGGCGUUGGAAAAACAACUCUUGCUCAAUUGGUCUACAAUGAUGUUAGGGUGAGUAACAAUUUUAAUACAAAAAUUUGGGUUUGCGUUUCUGAGGCAUUUUCGGUCAAGAGGAUUCUAUGUUCCAUUAUAGAAUCUAUCACAUCUAGGAAGUGUGAUUCCUUACAUUUAGAUGGAAUACAAAUAAAGGUGCAAAGAUUGUUGCAAGAUAAAAGAUAUUUUCUAGUUUUAGACGAUGUAUGGAACAAAAAUCAUGAGCUAGAAUCUGGAUUAAGCCAACAGAAAUGGAAUAAGUUGAAAUCCGUGCUGUUGUGUGGAUCUAGAGGCUCUUCCAUUUUAGUUUCCACUCGAGAUGAGGAUGUUGCAGAAAUCAUGAGAACAUGCCAAACCUAUCACUUGUCUGGGCUCCCAGAAAAUGAAUGUUGGUUGCUAUUCAAACAAUAUGCAUUUGGACAUGACAGAGAAGAACGCGCAGAACUUGUGGCAAUAGGUAAGGAAAUAGUAAAGAAAUGCGGUGGAUUGCCUCUUGCGGCACAAGCAUUGGGAGGUCUGAUGCGAUCAAGGAGUGGAGAAAAAGAAUGGCUUGAAGUUAAAGACAGCAGAAUUUGGGGUUUAACACAUGAGGAUUCAAUCUUGCCUGCCUUGAGAUUGAGCUACUUUCAUUUAACUCCGACCUUAAAGCAGUGCUUUUCUUUUUGUGCAAUAUUUCCCAAAGAUAGAAUAAUCAUGAAAGAAGAACUGAUUCAUCUUUGGUUGGCUAAUGGAUUUAUUUCGUCUAGAGAAAAUUUGGAGGUCGAAGAUGUUGGAAGCAUGAUUUGGAAUGAAUUGUGCCAAAAAUCAUUCUUUCAAGACAUCAAGAUUGAUGAAUAUUCUGGAGACAUUUCUUUUAAGAUGCAUGAUCUUGUCCACGAUCUUGCUCAGUCGAUAAUGGGGCAAGAAUGUGUGAUUUUAGAGGAUGAGAACAUGGCUAAUUUGUCCAAAAGUACCCAUCAUAUUAGCUUUUACUUUGGUCCUUAUUUAUCAGUGGAUGAGAGUGCUUUGAAAAAAGUAGAGUCCUUACGCUCAAUGUUUGAGUUGAAUCGUGAUAGAUAUCUACAAACUAAUUACUUCCCAUUCCCAACAAACUCUUCUCUUCGGGUUUUACGCAUUUCCCCUUUCCAGGUAUUAUCACUAGGAAGCUUAAUUCAUUUGAGGUAUUUGGAACUUUAUGAUCGUAACUUCGAAAACAUCCCUGACUCAAUUUGUAACUUGCACAAACUGGAAAUCUUGAAAUUGAUGAAUCUCUCAGAAUUGAGAUGUCUACCAAAACGUUUGACUUGCUUACAAAAUCUUAGGCAUCUUGUCAUUGAAGAUUGUGAUUCACUUUCUCAAUUGUUUCCCUACAUUGGAAAAUUAUCUCGCCUAAGAACAUUAAGUGUAUACAUCAUUGGUUUAGAGAGAGGGCAAAAUUUGAUAGAACUACACAAUCUAAACCUUAGAGGAAAACUGAAUAUUAAAGGGUUAAAAUAUGUUGGUAGUUUAUCUCAUGCUCAAGAUGCCAAUUUGACAGCUAAAAAAGAAAUCCAUGAAGUAUGCAUGUCAUGGAGUGUCGAUGAUUAUAUUACUGACACCCCGACUGUUAGUUCCGAGCAAGUAUUAGAAGGGCUUCAGCCACACACAAAUCUCAAAAGCUUGAAGAUACAUUACUAUAAUGGCUUAUGUUUCCCAAGUUGGAUCCAAACUCUAACUAGUUUAGUUUCUCUUGAACUUAAGGGUUGCAACAACUGUGUGCAGCUUUCAGGACUUGGUAAACUACCAUCUCUUAAGAAACUCGAACUAUGUGAUAUGAAUAAUCUGAAAUUUGUGGAUGAUAAUGAUGACGACGAUGGCGAAUCUCACAACAGUAUGAACGUGAAGAUUUUCCCAUCUCUUGAGGAACUCAUAUUAUUUAAUUUACCAGGAUUAGUGAAGUUAUUGAAACUGGAAAGAGGGGAGAUGUUUCGUUGUCUUUCUUUUUUAAGAAUUUCCUUUUGCCGUCAACUUAGAUUGUCAUGUCUUCCAUAUGUUAAACGCCUCUCUGUAUUUGGAUGCAACAAUGAGUUACUGAGUUCAAUCUCAAGCUUCUAUGGUCUUACUACCCUUUACCUUGGUAUAGGUACAGGAAUAACAUCCUUUCCAGAGGGGAUGUUCAGAAACCUUACUUGUCUUCAAACUCUAGAAGUAGAUGCCUUUUUGAACUUGAAGGAGUUACCAAAUGAACCCUUUAACCUUGCUUUAAUACGUCUGCAUAUCACUUACUGCAAUGAGCUUGAGUCUUUACCAGAAAAUAUUUGGGAAGGUCUGCAAUCCCUUCGGUCCUUGACAAUUAGUAGUUGUAAAAAACUGAGAUGCUUUCCAGAGGGUAUUCGACACCUCACUUCUCUAAAGGUGCUGAAUAUUUUUUAUUGCCCAACAUUAGAGGAGCGAUGCAAGAAGGAAACGGGGAAGGACUGGAAUAAGAUAGCGCAUAUUCCAAAAAUAAUUAUUGUUUAGAGUGAAGAAGUAGAAAUGUUUACUGCAUCCAUAUUCAUCGCAUUUCCACCUCCACCUUUCACUAUUGUCCUGCUGCUGUUAUGUUGUGCAGUGUAUGUCUGAGACUUGAAUGUAAUAGAAGGCAGUUGAUUGAUCAAGUUAUGUCUACUGCUUUGUUUGAAAGCUAGAGUCUCAUGCAAUUUUUCGGCUGCAGUGGAAGUUCUUAUGAUUGCUUAAUUUUAGUCCUGAUUUGAUAAUGUUAUUGUGCUUUGGGAGUGAUUAUGCUUAAGCAUAGUAAAUGUAAUUAAUUAGAUUGAUACCACAUUAGUGCUGUUAGUUAAUCUCCAUGUAUAAAUUUGGUAUAUGUAUGAAGUUUG